UGCAGAGCUACCCCUAUCCUCAGAUCAAGAAGGACAGGGGUGGGAGCAGCUGAACCUGUUCUCUUUUCCACCUUCACUCUCUCUCUCCACACCGGAGAUGGAGAAAGAGGAGUGAGGUCGUGUUUUUUUUUUCUUUGGCCUGUUUUUUCUAACUCUUCUCUACUUUGUUGGGGACAAAUAUUGAAAGUGGCUUCAGGAUAUUUACCAAGUGAAAGAGGGAAGCCUUCACCACUUAUUGCAGCAUGGGGUCUGAUGAGUCGUACAAUUUUGUCUUCAAAGUGGUGUUGAUAGGGGAGUCUGGCGUCGGAAAGAGCAACCUUCUGUCCCGCUUCACUAAGAAUGAGUUCAAUCACGACACCCGCACCACCAUCGGCGUCGAGUUCAGCACGCGGACUGUUCAGCUGGACAACUACACCAUCAAAGCUCAAAUCUGGGACACGGCAGGGCUGGAGCGCUACAGGGCCAUCACCUCCGCGUAUUACAGGGGAGCAGUUGGAGCACUGCUGGUCUACGACAUCAGCAAGCACCUGACCUAUGAGAGCGCAGAUCGAUGGUUGAAAGAGCUGUUCGACCACUCGGACCCUCACAUCGUGGUGAUGCUGGUGGGAAAUAAGAGGGACCUGGAGAACCUCAGGACCGUGCCCACAGAGGAGGCCAGGGACUUUGCAGAGAAGAGAGGUCUGAUGUUCAUGGAGACAUCAGCGUUGGACUCCACCAAUGUCGAACAUGCUUUCAAUGAAGUCCUCACAGCGAUCCAUACAAAGGUGACCAGCAGACAGGUGACCCGUGGCUCCAUCAGUGCCGUGACCCUGUCCAGCCCCAUCGGACCCAACAGCGAGGCACAGGAGGGGCGCGGCAGCUGCUGCAAGAACUCCUAACAGACUGCUGCACUGUAACAAUCUGCGCUGCCGACGUUGAACCAGCAUCACGCUUGACUGUUGUUCAAGCUAAAGCACGCCAUCAUUCACACCCAAUUUGACGAGAGAGGUACCUGCUCGACUUGCAGUCAGUGUACACACCUCUUUAAACACUAAAGCUGUGCAGUAUAUAACUCAAAGACAAACAAAUAUUAAGGAAAAUCUAUAUUUUAUUCACUAUAUUUCUUGUUGUGGCUAAUGGGCAUGUUUUACUAUUAACAGCUGUGCAAUUUAUCUUCUCAUGUUUUUAAAGAGGCACUGUAAAGUUGUAUUGCUUUCUGAAGGAAUGCACUGGGAUUCACUUGGAAUAAAUUAUUUAUGUUA